AUGGAGCCCGGCAGCAUCACUGUUGAUCAGGCCAUGGGCAACCCCCAGAAGUAUUUCGGAUAUCCCGAAUUCUCAAAGUUCCUGGCGGUUGCACCCAACUUCCCCAUGCUUCGUCGAUUCGACAAACUGGUUAUCCGAGAUAUUCUACGUCUACAGGACGAGAUAAGCAUUAUCGAGCAGCGUAUCGACAAUAUCGACGACGAAAUGAUGAAGCCAAAUGGCCAAGAUAGCGAAAAUAACGGCACUCUCCGGCACGACCGCUCAGCAGAGCGCCAGCUUCUGCUCAGGAGCGCGUAUGAAAAGCUUGACAUAUAUCAUCGAUUCGUUCAUAAAUACGCACAGCUGCGAGAUUGGCCGGAGCCUACUGAUCGAGAUGUGAGCAACAUCCGGGAUUGGAUUGACUGGAACACGCAAUGGGAUGGGCAGGGCAGCCCGGAGAAUACGCGGACACCCAAGAUAAGGCCAAUCGAAGAGCAAGAGGUUGAGUUCCUUGAGGCGCCCGACCUUCUUGCAAUUGUUCCCGAGAAAAGGUCCCCACUCCGCUAUCUGUUUGAGCGGGAUGGAGACUCGUACUUGUCCCGCUGGUACCGCAAAGAGGUUCCACGUUCCCUGAAGUCAAGCGUGGAGGAUGGCGGGAUGGUCCUCACAGAUGAUAAUGGCUUGGAUCGGUUGGAUAAGAUCGUUACAGGCCUCAUUGGCCUUCUGAUGCUGGUUGGCCCCUUGUGGAGCAUCCAGCUUGUCCAAACACACCAGUCCAAAGUCGGUGUCAUUACAUCCUUCAUUUUUGUGUGCUUUGUCCUUGUAUUGGCGGGCACAAAUAUAAAGCCUGGAAAUGCGCUGGGCGUGACUACAGGAUACGCUGCCGUGCUCAUGCUCGCUCUUCAUGUGAAGAGAGAGGAUAUUUAA